AUGGCCAAACUCUUCCACAUCAAGCCGGAGUUCGCCUACUUCCACCGUGCACUGGAGGUUUGUGCCGGCGGAAGGCUCUUCUUCGUCAUCGUAGACAACGAGGAGACGGGCAAAGCCCUGCUGGAGAAGGGUCAGCUGAGGCGCCGGGUGACCAUCAUCCCUCUGAACAAGAUCCAGGACAACAGCAUCUCUCCGCAAGUGGUUCGCCAGGCCCGAAGCAUCCUUCCAGAAGGCGCCGAUGCCCAAGUGGCCAUGGAGAUCGUAGGCUUCGAGAAAGAAGUCCAGAGCGCCAUGAAGUUCGUCUUUGGCCCGUACAUGGUGUGCGACACUGCGGAGACGGCGAAGAUGCUAACCUUCCACCCCAACGUGCGCGUUCGUACCGUCACCCGGGAUGGGGACAGCUACGACCCGGCUGGCACCAUUACCGGCGGCUCCGCUCCGAAGGGUGGCAACCUGCUCCAGAAGCUGCAGCAAGUGUCUGAAUUGGAGAAGAAGGUCCUGCAGUACCGCUGCCAGUACGAGAAGGCGGCCUCGGAGGUUCAGAAGAUGCAGGCAGCGGCCCAGCACUACGCCAGCCUCGACCGCGAGGUCAAGUGCAAGGAGCACGAGUUGGCUCUUCUGGAAGACCGCAUCAACCGGAGUGAGCACGCAACGACGGAGCAGUCGGUGCAGGACAUGCAGACGGAGUUGCAGAAGCUGCAGGAGGAUAUCCAAAAUCUUCCCGAGGAGAAAAAGACGCUGGAGAAGUCUUCGAAACAGCUCGAGAAGGACAUCAAGAGCCUCGAUUCCGGUCGCGACGAGCGCAUCAAGUACUUCGAGCGCCAGGUCGUCGAGCUGAAGAAGGCCGCCAAGCAGAACGUAGAGAAGAUCGAGAAGCAGCGAGAAAAGACGGAACAGGCGCAGGUGGAGGUUGAAGUCCUUCGCAACGAACUGCAAGCCCUCGAUGCAAAGGACCAGGACAGCGGCAAGGGCCAGGAGGCUAUCUUGGCUGAGAUCGAGCAGAUGUCGGAGAACCUGGAAGCCAAGAAGGAGUCGUAUACCUCCGCCGGGGAACGGCUGGAGAUCAUGAGGGUGGAACUCCAGAACUUGGACGAAUCCUUGGGCCAGCUUGCAGAAGAGCUGGGCGGCAACAAGCAGAAACGGGAAGAGAAGGAGCUGGAGCAGAAGCGAGUCACGCACAAGAUCCAGCAGCUCCAGAAGGAUGAUAAAGAGUCCCAUGUGGUGGUUGCCCGCAUGGAGAAGGAGCACCCCUGGAUCCAGAAGGAGCAGGCCUUGUUCGGAAAGAAGGGUACCGACUUCGACUUCCAGGGCAACCACUACCAGCAGAACAAG